AUGACGCCCGUCACGCCGUCCCCAGAUGUCAGCCCGCUGUCAGCCGAACCAACAACCACCGCCGCUCUCUCGCAUGCCCAGUACUCGCGCUCUGGUGAUGCCUUUGCCCUCAACCUCGGCUCGCUGCCUGACGCCAGCAACUUCCUGCUGAAGACGAGCCUCAAGUCGCCGCACCUGCCGCUGGACUCGCCCGCCUGCUUUCCCUUCUCGCCCAUGAGCAACACCUUCCUCAACGGAUCAGGCAACUACAAGAAGCGUUCGCGCAACAUGUCCACCACCUCGAGCGCCGAGCGGGAUGUGCAGUCCAACAUGGACUCGCAGGCCACCCCGCACCAGCACUCGGCCUUUAGCAAUGGCACCACCAACGGCACCGCCGACAUCCAGAGCUCCAACGCGAAGAAGAGACCCAGCGACGGCACCAUCGACUACCCGCGCAGGCGCGCCACCAUCGCGUGCGAGAUAUGCCGCUCGCGCAAGUCCCGCUGCGAUGGCAACCGCCCCAAGUGCAGGCUCUGUACCGAGCUCAACGCCGAGUGCGUCUACCGCGAGCCGGGCAUCAAGCUAGAUGCCGGCGACAAGCUGAUCCUCGAGCACCUGGACCGCAUCGAGGGCCUCUUGCGCACCAACAUGACCGCUCAGCAGCAACCCAGCAGCAUCUUCGGCGGCCUGGCCGCGUCCGGCUCGCCUGCCGCCAGCAACAGCACCAGCGAAGACGUGCUGAUGCGCCAGGGGCCCGGUGCCGCCAUGGGAAUGCUCCCCCUCAACGGACUCGGGACGUGGUCGACCGCCCUAUCCAACAACAUUUCGACCAUGCCCAAGAUCCACAGUACCCCAGCCCUGCACCUGCUGCAGUGGCCCAUGAUCCGGGACCUGGUGUCGCGGCCGUACGACCCACAGGUCUUACUCCAAUUGGAAAUGGCCCGCGAGCCGCUGCACCUGAACUCCUCGCAACGCCUCGACCUGUCCAACACCAACAUUUACGUCCACGCCUUCUUCGACCGCGUCAACGUGUGGUACGCCUGCGUCAAUCCGUAUAACUGGCACUCGUAUUACCGCACCGCUCUCUCCAAUGGCUUCCGCGAGGGCCCUGAGAGCUGCAUCGUCCUCCUGGUCCUUGCCCUCGGUGCUGCGAGCAAUGCGGGCAGCAUAUCGCAGCAGCCACGAGAUAAGGAUCCGCCGGGCAUGUCUUACUUCGCCGCCGCAUGGGCCCUCCUUCCCAACCUCAUGACCAGAAACAACACGCUCGCAGCGCAAUGCCACAUACUGGCCUCAGCAUACCUCUUCUACAUCGUCAGGCCGCUUGAAGCCUGGAACCUUUUGACGAACACGAGCAUGAAGCUUCAGUUGCUGCUCAGUGCGCCAGGCAGGUUACCCCCGCACGCCAAGGAACUGAGCGAGAGAGUGUACUGGAACACGCUGCUUUUUGAAAGCGAUCUGCUCGCCGAGCUCGACCUCCCCCACUCGGGCAUCGUCCAGUUCGAGGAAACCGUGGGCCUACCCGGCGGUUUCGAGGACGAGGGUGACGAGCCGCCGGCCGGCCGCGACGAGUUGUGGUACUUUCUGGCGGAAAUCGCACUGCGACGGCUCCUCAACCGCGUCAGCCACCUCAUCUACACCAAGACGUCGACCAACACAUCCAUUGCAUCGUUGGAGCCCUUGGUCGCCGAGCUAGACUUUCAGCUCACGCAGUGGUAUGAGGGCCUGCCUCUUCCGGUGCAGUUCCCGCACAGCAGAGUUCCGCUGUCGAAUCCCGUACAGACGGUGCUGCGCCUGCGAUACUUUGCAUGCAGAACCAUUAUUUUCCGGCCAUACAUCCUCGCCGUGCUCAAUGACGAAUCGGCAGCCAUGGACUUGGUGGUGCAGGAGAAUUGUCGACGGUGCCUGGAAGCCUGCAUCCGCCAAUUGGAGCAUAUCUCCGCGCAUCAUGCCGGCCACCUUCCCUAUCUGUGGCAGGGCGCACUGUCAAUCGUUUCGCAAACCCUGCUCGUCAUGGGGGCGACUAUGUCACCCUCGCUCUCGGCACUUCUGCCGCCGCCAGCAGCCAUGGAUUCUAUCAUAAACGACGUGGUCCUCGAAAUUGAGCGCUACGCCCAUCUGGCGCCCAGCCUCCGCCUGUCGGCCGAGAUCAUUCGCGAGGCUGAGGAACGACGUCAAAUGUUCUUGCGAUCUGCCGGCUUGAAGGUUUGA